AUGUCCCGCCCUACUAGUCAGCAUCGUUUAUCCGUCAGUUCGAACGCCUCCAGUCUCCCAGCCCGAAACUCGUACAGCCGAUCCCACUCCCAUAAUGUCUCCCUGGGUGCCGUCAACGGCGCCAAUCGUGUUGGUCGGAGGAAGAGCUCGACGUUCACGCCCAUGGCCAACGCUGCAGCCAUAGGUGCAGCAGUAGAAAGUGGUGUGGCGGAUGGGUCGAUAGCGAUCAAUCGCCGCAGCUCAAUCUCAAAGGCUGCGUUGGGCGCUUUGAACGAUGGCAGUUGCCCACCAGUGCCCAGCAGCCUCCCGCAUGGCAUGACAGUCCCCGAGCGUGGCUCAAGUAGUGCAUUGGUGGAUGGGCCACCGUUGUCGUCGUAUGCAGACAAGUCGAAGCCGAAGAUCCGAAGAGCAAGUGAUGUCUCGCGUCUGACGAAGAAGGAAAGAGCGGGUACGGGCGAGCUGAAGUGCGAACAAUGUGGCAAAGCAUACAAGCACGGCAGCUGCCUCACAAAGCAUCUAUGGGAGCAUACGCCACAAUGGCAGUACACCUCAAAACUGCUUAUCUCGAAGCACCAGCAAGUACAGCUCCUCGAAGCUGCGUCUGUGUUGGUGGCCAUGAACCAAGAUGCGCCAACAGGCACCGAUAGCGACGACUCAUCUUCGCCAGCAGCCUCCGGAUCCUCGGACAUGCACGAAAACGGCGUGAGCUCAACCGAGACCACGCCACCUCCACAGACGGACGGCUAUAGAGAUCCGAAGCGGUUCAGCAGCACUAGCAGUGCCUACUCGCGAAGCUACCAGUCUGUCUUCUCGAGCGGCAGCAUGCCAAACAAUGAGAACUUCUCACACCACCGCCAAUGGAGCUCAUCUAGCACCAGGCCGCCGACAGCAAACACUUCGAUCGCCGAGAGUUACCGUGAUGAGGAUCCAGCAGAUCUUGCCGCCGCUGUGGGACUGCUAAGCUGUAGCUAUGGAACGCCGAAGAGCGGCCCAACCGGUAUGCCCGCGGAUGCACCCCCGGUACCACCACUUCCCGCCAAGUAUGCAUCAAGCCAGUAUUUAAGCCACGUUCGCCACCACGACGUGGAAAUGGACGAUGACGACAGCUCGGACGAUGAAGUCCACCAUCAACACCACCGCAUUGACGAGGUAGAGGAAGGAAUGUUCGGCAAGAUGGACUAG